AGAAACAAUCCCAAGGCAAAUGCGUCUUUGCGCCGGCUCCGUGCAAAGCCGCGGAGAAGCAGCGGGCGCGGCUCCGCACGUGCUGGGGCGGCAGGUAGCGGGGCCGCGCUCCCCGUGCCCGUCGCACCGGUGCCGGUGCCGCCGCGGGACGCGCCGGGAGCAGCGAGCGGCAGCAGCGCUCAGGUCGGUACCGCGCCCCCCGCUCCCCCCGCACCCCCGCGCGUCGCCGCGCUGCCGCUGCCCCCCUCUCUUGCAGAGCCGUGUCCGGAGCCUGCCCCGCACCUCGCCCCCUGGCACCCCGGCUCCGACACCCGCCGCCACGCCGUGGUGGGCCGGGGAGCGGCCCUGCGGCUCGAGAGCUCCGCCGCUUUCCACUCUCUCGUCAUCCGCGACGGAGGGAAAGUGGUGUUCGCCGACCGUCCCCACGGGCCGCCCAUCACGCUGCGGGCCCGCUACAUCCUCAUCCGGGACGGCGGGGAGCUGCACGUCGGCUCGGAGCGCUGCCCCUACGCCUCGCGGGCCACCAUCUCGCUGUACGGGAGAGCCGCCGACGAGGCGGCCGUGGACGGCUUCGGGCAGAAGUUCCUGGGCGUGGGGCGCGGCGGGGUGCUGGAGCUGCACGGCCGGCGGCCCCGCUCCUGGAGCCUCCUGGAUAAAACCCUGCACCCCGGCGGGCUUCGCCACGGCCCCUACUCCUCGGAGAGGCGGUGGGGCAGCCGCGGGCUAAACCUGCGCGUCCUAGACGCCGGCACGGGGCGGGUGGCGGCGGCCGGGCGCUUCGACACCCACCUGCGGGCCGCAGAGUGUCGUCGGCUGCGCGACUUCCUGGCCCUGCAGCCCGAAGGCAGCGUGGUGGCGGCCGCCGUGGGGGACUCUGCCGCCCGCAGCCUCACGCUGGAGACGCGGCUGCUUCUGCGGGACCGCCUGCGCAGCCGACACAUCGCCCGGCUGGGCUACAGGCAGCCCUGGGCGCUGGUAGGGAUCCUCGGAGGGGAUCCGCUUUCGACGGUGGAGGAUAUAAGAGAGUAUCACGGGAAUGGGACAACGGGGUUAGCCGUAGCCCAAAGAGAAUUCCUCACCUACGAUGGCACCCGUUUCACUGUUACUGCUUUCAGUGGAUGGAUAAAAGGAGUGCCUCAUAAUGGGUUUAAAGUGGAGGUGUCCAAAGGAAUAAUUCUCCAUUUAGUGGAUGAUGUUAGAAGUUGGUUACCCGGUGACAGGAUCGUCAUUGCCAGUACAGAUUAUUCCAUGCAUCAGGCUGAAGAGUUCAGUCUCCUUCCUUGCCCAGAAUGUAAAAGCAAUCAAGUGAAAAUUGAUGGCAGCCCACUUUAUCUUCAUAUUGGAGAAGUCAUAGAUGGCAUCGACAUGAGGGCUGAGGUCGGUCUUCUGACUAGAAAUAUACUUAUCCAAGGAGAAAUGGAAGACUCCUGUUACGGAGAAAAUCAAUGUCAAUUUUUUUCCUUUGACACAUUUGGAGGACAUAUUAAAAUCCUAGCAAAUUUUAGCUCUGUGCACAUGUCAGGCGUGGAGUUAAAAAACAUGGGGCAGCAAAUCCUGGGCAGUUACCCAGUGCACUUUCACAUGGCUGCAGACGUUGAUGAGAGAGGAGGGUAUCAACGCCCGACGUACCUUGAUAACCUGGCUAUCCACCACUGCUUCUCUAGGUGUGUUGCCAUACAUGGGACUCAUGGCCUGCUGGUAAAAGACACCAUUGGCUAUGACACUUUGGGGCACUGUUUCUUCCUUGAGGAUGGAACAGAGCAGCGCAAUACUUUCCAGCACAACUUGGGCCUGCUCACCAGGUCGGGAACCAUCUUACCCUCGGAUCGCAAUGAAGCGAUGUGCCUUGCCAUCCGGAGCCAUGUCUACGGGAAUUACAUUCCAGUGCCAAGCACUGACUGCAUGGCUGUCAGCACUUUCUGGAUUGCAAAUCCAAACAACAACUUAAUAGAGAAUGCAGCAGCUGGCGCUCAGGAUGUUGGCAUCUGGUACAUCUUCCACCGGGUUCCAACUGGACAGUCCGAAGGGCAAUAUCCAGAAGGACAGGCUGAACAUACCCCCUUGGGAGUAUUUUACAACAACAGAGUCCACUCCAAUUUCAAGGCUGGUUUGUUUAUUGGAAAAGGAGUAAAGACAACAAGAGCCAGCGCUGAAGAUCCCAGAGAGUAUCUCACUGUCGAUAAUGCCAGGUUUCGCCCACAUCAAGAUGCAGAUCCUGAGAAGCCGCGAGUUCCGGCCGUAAUUGAUGGUCUCAUUGCUUUCAAAAAUAAUGACCAUGGGGCCUGGGCCAGGGGCGGUGACAUUAUUUUCCACAACUCUGGUGAUGGGACAUUCCCCACUGACGAUGGCUCUAGCCUGGAAGUGUCACGCUCCAUUUUUGUUGGAGAAAGCAGCAAUCUGGGCUCCCAGGGAGGCCAGAACAGCUACUGGGGAAAAGGGGCAAACGGAGAAUACAGGACACUGCCCAGAAACAAGACAUUCCCUAUUCGUGGAUUCCAGAUUUAUGAUGGGCCUGUCAGGAUGGCAAAAUGCACUUUCAAGAAGUUUACCCCAACUGUUGACAGAUACUCAAGUGCCAUCGGCUUCUUCAUGAAAAACUCCUGGCAGAUAAGCCCCCAGAAUAAUGUGUCACAAAUCCUGAUGGAGAAGAGUGUUGGUCUGAAAGUGUUUUUUGGCAGACCAGGCCAGUGGUUUGGAAAUAACGAUAAUGAUGGUGACAAAAUGUCUGUCUUCCACGAUCUGGAUGGCUCCGUGACAGGAUAUUCAAACAUUUUUGUAGGCAGAGCAGACAACUACCUGCUCCGUCAUCCCGGGUGUGUCACUGUCCCCCGCUGGAAUGGGGUGAUGUGCACUGGGAGAUUUGCACAGCUUUAUAUUCAGGCCAGGCGCCCUGAGAAUCUGACCUUAUCCAUUGCCAGAGCAGCAUACCACUCCCAUCCCCUGCAGCUGCAAGGCGUGAACAGAGGAGCACCGUACCAGCAGUACCAGCCAGUCGUCAUGCUGGAGCAGGCUUAUAUCAUCCAGUGGGAUGGCAGAGCGCCUGAGGAUAUCAUCCUGUACCCAAUCAACUUCAACAGAGGAGACUGGCUGCAUGUUGCCCUCUGCUAUCCCAGGAACACCAUCUUCCACGUGGUGAAAGAUAUCUACCAGCGACGAACAGGGAUGGUGCACAGCAUAAAGCACUACCUCGCAGCUCCUUCCCGUGACAGUGUUCUCAAUGGGACCAGUGAGCUCUUCUACUUCGACAGAGCAUUGGGGUACCUCUUUGUCCACCUGCAAGCCCACGAAGCUCGGCAAGGGCACAGUUACUGCUCCCAGCAAGGCUGUGAACGUACCAAAAUCAUGGCGCAGAUGUACCCGGGGGAGUCCUGGAGCUGUGCCCCCAACCCCUUUUUGCAGAGGCCAGCUGCCCCACAGCACCCCAUGUCCCAGCACCAGGCAGUGCCCUGCAGGGCAUGUGGGGCCCCCCAGCUUGCUAUCACCAGCACACCCUCAGUCAAGAAUGUAAGAAUCCAGAUCCAGUCUCUCAGCAAGGCAGACAUACAGAACGGCUUGACAUCCGCAUUCAUUAAGAUAAAUGACACUACGUUCCUGUUCAAUAGCCCUGGGGUAUUCUUCAUGGUGCUAGAUGCAUGUUCGGGAGCAGUUGUGAGUAGGCGGCACUUCGACACAGUUACUGGGGAAAACGUGGCCAAUGCAAUAACUGAUUAUGUUCAAACGUUUAUAAAAGAGAGAUCACUUGUUCUUGUGUGCUCUAGAGAUAUUGGAGACAAGGUGUGGAGCUCUGAAAUGUCUGUUUUUACAAGGUUAGGUUCAGCAAAGCCUAUUGUCUUCCACAGAGAAGGCAGUUUUGCUAUGCUUGGCUAUAAAGGACAGGCCAAGCCCUCCUGGAUUAAAGUCCUUAAUCAUGCUCGUUAUCAGAAAGCUGCUUCUCUACAGCAUUAUGUUCCCUUGAAGCUGAAAGAGUAUCAAUGUUCAGAUAAAGCCUUUCCUCAGAACCACUCAGAGCACAUCUCUGCAGAGGCUGCAGCACCCCCUGAUUAGCGUCAUUGGUGUAACCACAGCCAGGCAAGUCCAGCAGCUGUCACCCAACUGCUCUUGUUUUUACGGGAUUGUACCUAACUGAUGUUGUUGACUUGUAUAUUUUAUAAUUAAUAAAUAUAGUCUCAUCUUA